ACUUCCUUCAUGGAAGUCUGUUAUUGAGUUGGAACCAAACUUCGAUGAAAUAAUGAAGUGUCCUGGGAGGGGAAUAAUUGUCUCAGCUGAAGCUCCUCAAGACUCUGAAUUUGAUUUUUGCAGUCGAUUCUUUUUUCCGAAAUAUGGUAUCAAAGAGGAUCCUGUUUGUGGAAGUGCUCAUUGUUCUUUGACACCAUAUUGGAGUCAGAAGCUGAAGAAAUUUGAUUUCUUAGCAUAUGCGGCCUCAUCAAGAAGCGGUGUACUAAACAUUCACUUAAAUGCCGACAGCCAAAGGGUCCUUCUUCGGGGAAAAGCUGUUGUUAUAAUGGAAGGUCGUAUUCUUGUUUAGAUUUUUCAAUAAUUAAAAUUCUCAUCCA